CAACGACACAAUCGCUGCCCAUUUUCUGCCCGGGUCCCAAGACGUCCGCUUUCAGAGUGUCAUCAGGCAGCGCUCCCGUCCUCCCUUUUUCUUCCACCCCUCGCCUGCUCGAGUCAUCGCACCUCCGGACGAGUGCAGCGCACAGCAGCAUUUUGAGAGGGCCCUCGAGAGGAGCGACGUUGCUGCGCUCACCCACCCGCCGCCAUGUCCGCCAACGAUCCCAAGGCCGGCGAGGCCGAGAAGAAUAUCGAGAUGUGGAAGGUCAAGAAAUUGAUCAAACGUCUGGAGCAGGCUCGUGGUAACGGCACAAGCAUGAUCAGCUUGAUCAUCCCGCCCAAGGACCAGGUCUCGCGAGCGGCAAAGAUGUUGGCUGAAGAAUUCGGAACGGCUUCCAACAUCAAGUCGCGCGUCAACCGAUUGUCCGUCCUGUCCGCCAUCACAUCGACACAGCAGCGUCUGAAGCUGUACUCGAAAGUGCCGCCGAACGGCUUGGUGGUGUACUGUGGUGAAAUCAUCACGGCCGAAGGAAAAGAGCGAAAGAUCAACAUCGAUUUCGAGCCUUUCAAACCCAUCAACACUUCGCUAUACCUGUGUGACAACAAGUUCCACACCGAGGCACUGAGCGAGUUGCUCGAGUCCGAUCAGAAAUUUGGCUUCAUCAUCAUGGACGGAAACGGAGCAUUGUUUGGAACACUGGCGGGCAACACAAGAGAUAUCGUCCACAAAUUCUCUGUCGAUCUACCCAAGAAGCACGGCCGAGGAGGACAGUCCGCCCUGCGUUUCGCGCGUCUGCGUGAGGAGAAGCGUCACAACUAUGUCCGAAAGGUCGCCGAGUUGGCUGUACAAAACUUCAUCACCAACGACAAGGUCAACGUGGCCGGUAUCGUCCUUGCUGGAUCUGCUGAUUUCAAGAACGACUUGAACCAGUCUGACCUGUUCGAUCAGCGCCUCCAGGCCAAGGUCAUCAAGGUCGUCGAUGUCUCGUACGGUGGCGAAAAUGGGUUCAACCAGGCCAUCGAACUGGCUGCUGAUACGCUCUCCAACGUCAAGUUCAUCCAGGAGAAGAAGCUCAUCAACCAAUACUUCGACCAAAUCAGCCAAGAUACUGGCAAGGUCUGUUAUGGUAUCGGCGAUACCCUCAAGGCUCUGGAGGCUGGUGCGGCUGAGACUUUGAUCGUAUUCGAGAACUUGGAGUUGACCCGCUGGACGCUCAAGAGCAGCGAGGGCACCGAGGUUAUCCUGCACACGUCCAAGGAGCAGGAGAAGGACCGCUCUAACUUCAUGGACAAAGAUACUGGCCAGGAGAUGGAAGUCGUUGAUCAGAUGCCUUUCUUGGAGUGGCUUGCCGAGAAGUACCGCGAUUUCGGUGCUCAGCUGGAAUUUGUUUCUGAUCGUUCUUCCGAGGGCAACCAGUUCGUGCGCGGAUUUGGUGGAAUUGGCGCCAUUCUGCGCUACGCUCUCAACUUUGAGCAACUCAAUGCCGAUGAUGACGAAGAUGAGUUCUACGAUGAUUGACCCAUACACGACCUCGCAGAAGGCGAGGAGUCACGAACCGCAACGGUCAAGUCCAAUGACGUGACGCUCGCCACGCAGCCAGAGGAGGCUGCAGCUGCUACUGCUCCGGCGGCUUCAAAAGGAGCAGAACCCAAACCAUCAUUCGCGCAGAAAGUGCUGGCUAAGCAAGCUGCUACGGCGAAUAAGCACUUCGGGCACCGACCACAGACUUCCACCCCACUGCGAUCAAGCAUAACAGCUUAAGUCAAUGCAGGUGGAGGUGACACGAGAUCAUGGCGGUUGACGGAGCCAAAUUAGCGCUUUCCACAAACCGAAACGGCUGAUUGGGAAUGAACUAGCCAUGGCAUUCGCUACAAUGUGUAUCUUGGUCCGGUUUCGUGGAGUCCAGAUUGUUGUUGCAGUUUUAGAUCGUCGAACUCAAUACACUCCUUGCCGUACGGAUUCGUGUGCUUUUGGCCGAUGCUCAAGGGUGGGCGGAAGCUUUCUUGGCGCUGCAUCUGCACCUCGCAACAGCGUUCCUGCACUUCACCUAUACAGUUGUCCAAAUUUUGAUACUCCCUUGCAUCUUCCUCAUCG